ACAGGCAAAACAGUAGGCUGUCACUCUGUCGAGGCAGGAGAUCUGUUUCUUUCACAGGGAGUCUGGAUAUUCAGGAGAAAUGGCAUGACUUUGUGGGGGGUUUUAACCACAGGAUCGGAUAGUUUUCCCUUUUUAGGAGCUUUUCUUUUGGAGCAGCCAUGGGCAUCCUCAGCAGGAUCAUCUUCUGCAGCAUGAUCAUCCUCAUCAUUUUAUUCGCCUUUGCCAUCAUUCUCAUCUUAAGCUUGGCCUUCUCAAAAACCGCAUUUGGUGUGUUGAGCACCAACACGGCGCCCGUCGGAAAUCUGGGCGAGGACCAGCUUCUCAGCUGCUACCUGCCCAUUCCCACUGUAAGCCAGGUUUCGGUCUCCUGGGAGAAGUCGGGAAUAAUAGGGUUUGUUUACCAGCACACCAAUGGAGCAGCAUCUUUUAAGAAUCAGAACCCACAAUUCAAAGGGAGAACAGAGCUCUUCCCUAAUGAUUUGGUAACAGGAAACGCCUCUCUGAUGCUGAGGAACGUGAGACUCAGUGAUGAGGGGGAGUACUACUGCACCAUCAGCUCCUCUCAGGGGGGAGGAAGAAUCACCAUCUCUCUCAGAACAGCAGCCUACACAGCCCCCACAUUUACACUCACAAACAAUGUCCUGGCUGCUGAGGCGAGCCGUUGGUUCCCUGAGCCCAACGUGACGUGGUUCAGCCUUGAACAGGAAGUCUUGCAAGGGGACACAACCUUCUCACAAAGCUCUUUUGGAAUAUACAGCAUCACCAGCAAGUUGCAGCCUGUCAACAAAAGCGGCAGCUACAUGUUGAAGAUUGAAAAUGACCUGGUGACCUCUGUCUCCACGGCACGUUUAACAGAGACUGAAAUAUCGAAAUUCUCGUACUUCGCCUUCAGUGUGGCCUCAUCGCUGCUGCCGUCACCUCACCUGAGAAUUAUGAUCAGUGUCCUGUGCGUCUUUUACGUGACCUAACACAUGACUUAAACAAAACAAUCGUGACCUGUGGGACUGAAUUAGCACUUCACGUCACAUGUACAAAAAAUAUUGGCUCUGAAGCAGAUCAUCUAGUAUAUGUUAAAGUGACAGACUCUACCAUUGACCUCAGACUGGGUUUUGUUUUCCAAAAACACAGUUUGAACAGUGCAAACAAGGCACCACACCUCGUGUAAAGCUAACACACCCGUGUGCGCUAAAAGCAUAUUUGCUCUGUAAACAACAUAGAUGCUGAAAGGGAAAAUAACAAUUGUGUCUGCUGUCUUUAACCUUGUGGUGACAAGCAUUGUGCAUUUUUGUUGUUUUUUCUCCCUUUAAUUUGCCAACCUACAUGUCAACACUGUGUGCAUGCCUAGAUAAAUGAUACAUUUCUUGAAGAAAAUAAACCAUUUCGAGUUUGAAAUUGUUUGCCAAGCAAACAAUGCUGAAAACUCACAAUUGUGUGAUGGAAAAGCUGGGAAAUGGAAAUCAAUAGCUAACCCUGUAAACAGAAAGACACUGAGAAUGGAUGUAAAUGACUGAAAAAAUGACAGAGAUGCAGAACAAAGACUGUGUGAAGAAUCUGAGGGAACUGGUAAAAUUAUACUUUUGCGAGUUUUUGUAUACUCUCAUGGUACAAAAAAAUUGUUGCAUAUUUUGUAUACGGUACUUUAAAGUAUACUGUUUUACAUAAAAGUAUACAGAAUUUUUAACAAGUAUAUAUUUUCAUACUAAAUAAUACUA